UUUUGUGUUGACAUUCUUGCAGUGAACACCACAAUCGUUGCUCUCUGAUGAUCAUUCGAAUUUAACCUCAAAAUUAGGAGUAGUUCGUGACUGGUUUGUCACACCAGGAUGUGUGGAAGAACGGCUUGCACACUUGCACCACAUGAGCUUAGUCGUGCAUCUCAUUAUCGAGACCGAACAGGACAACGACGCCCACCCCGCUGGAAGGAUGGAGACUCUGAAAAAUACUGUCCCUCAUACAACAAGAGUCCUCAGUCCUUCAGUCCUGUACUUCUGUCCAACAGACACUUCAACAAGGAUGCUCCUGUAGAUGAGUGUGUGCUGGCAGCGAUGCGCUGGGGUCUCGUCCCAGCCUGGUUCAAAGAGAACGACCCCAAUAAGAUGCAGUAUAACACCUCUAACUGUCGCAGUGAAAGCCUUCUUGAAAAGAAGUCUUACAAGGAUCCUCUUCUGAAAGGUCAGCGCUGCGUUAUUCUGGCUGACGGCUUCUACGAAUGGAGGCGGCAGGAGAAGGACAAACAACCUUUCUUCAUUUACUUUCCACAAAGCCAAGGAGGACAAGUACCCAGUCCACAAAGUACACAGGAACUAAAAAGUGACCUAGAAUUGGACCAAGGAGAGAGUGAUCUAGACACCAGUGACUGGACUGGGUGGCGUCUGCUUACAAUAGCAGGGCUGUUUGACUCCUGGACUCCUCCUUGUGGUGGAGAGACUCUGUACACUUACACAGUCAUUACCGUAGACGCUUCUCCAAACCUUCAGAGCAUCCAUGACAGGAUGCCGGCAGUUCUGGAUGGAGAGGAUGAGGUAAGACGGUGGUUGGAUUUCGGAGAAGUGAAGUCACUGGAAGCUAUAAAAUUGCUCCAACCGAAGUCUUGUCUGACCUUUCACCCCGUCUCCUCAUUGGUCAACAAUUCGCGCAAUAACUCUCCAGAAUGUCUGCAGCCUGUGGACCCCACGAUCAAGAAGAGCACUAAACCCACAGCCAGCAGUAAAAUGAUGAUGAGCUGGCUGAAAACAGCUUCGCCAACUAAGAGGAAGAGUCCUGAUGAAGAUACUUCAGAUAAAGGACCUGAAGAAAAGCCUGCAGCAGAGAAGCAGAACAAGCCGACUGGCCCUCUACAGCAAUGGCUGAUGGGAACGAGUUCUAGUAAGAAACCAAGGACUUAAACACUUAGUUAAAGUUUCUUGCAAUACAAUAGAUGUUAUAUCUCUUCUCAAUGGUUAAAUGUAUCUGGUAAACAAGGUAAGCACUUUUGACAUGGUUCUGUUUUCACGAUUUUAUAUAAGAUGCAAAUAAAAUUCACAUUCAUCAAUUUUAUUGGUUUAUUUCACGUUUACAAACACACAGCACACAACGGAAUUAUUCAACAAUUUAAUUUUAUUUCCAUUAUUACUUUGAAAUACAUUUAUCUUGAACAAUGUAUAUGCUGUGCAUUUUGUUUCAUUAAAUGUCAUGAACAAU